AUGUGGCAGCUGCCGGCUGAGGCCACGGGAGUAGCGGCCGCAGUGCUGUUUUACUCGGUCAUAUGUUGGACAUGUAACGUCUUGAUGCUGUGGCUCGCGUGGACGCAUAAUGAGCGGUUGAGCUAUGUGGCGUGCAUUUCAUACUUUCCGUUAUUGUCGACCACAUUCAGUAUCGUUCAACAACUGCACGACUACAUUUGGUGGCAAGAUGUAGCCGUUGCUACUUGGGAGAACAGAGUAGCCAACGUGGGAAAUCCCGUAUUGGUUAUUUCCAAUGGAGCAUCCGGUAUUGAUCUGGUGUUCUUCUACAUACAGUACACAUGCUACAAUAUCGAGGCGACAUUUGUCCUAUUCUGGGCCUUUUCGCUGCUGGCCUCGGUCUAUGGCUGGUCUUUCAAGCCUCGCUGGCGCAAGACCUUUGCGCGCAUCAACAUCGCCGGCAAGAUCGUGUCUAUUGUUCUGCCACUCAUUACAAUUUGUCUUCUCCAAGUCCGAGCUAUUCAAGAGUCCUAUGUUGCCUUCCUCAUCAUUGCGGAUUUUGAAUUCAUUGUGAGCUGUGCAGGAGGAGCAAUCUUCCUCCUCAUGAUCCUCGUGAGAUACGUGCAGUCGCGGAGCAACUUUGGGACAUGGACCAUUGGCUACGGAAGAGAUCUCGAGACCUCGGAUACAGACACCAGACGAAGCUACAACCCGCACGCAUCCUCCACAGCCAACCAUAACAAGCGGAGGCGAGGCGCGCGCGGCAUCUACGACAAGUGGCUCAUUAUCCGCUUCACCAUUGCCUUUGUGGCACUGGCCAUUUUCGAGUGCAGCAUCGCCACGUUCCAGGUGACGGGGCAGCAGAACAAUACCGUCGACUUUUUAUCAGACGCGCCCAAUGCCACGGCCGAAAAGGCGAUCCGCGUCGCUGUGCAGGACCUGCCGGGCGUCACGGCCUCGCUGAUUCCCUUUAUCGUCUUUGGCACGACGCGGCCAUUUCGCGAAAAGAUGUACAGGACCUUUGUGCCGAGGUGGUGGCAGCGAAGAAGAGAAGAACGGAGGAGGAGGAGGAGAGACCACCACCCCGUCGACUCGUACACGGCGCGGUCGUCCAUGAUGACGCAGCGGAUCCGGGUAUCCAAAGGCGUCGACAUAUCCUAUAGCCUCAACGAGCUGACGCCGACGCGGAGCUCGAGCCACUACGAGAGGUCGUCGGACGACGAAAAGGGCUUGAUGCUGUCAUCGUCGCCCCUCUCGUCGUCGCCCAUCACGGCGCUUUCGCCGCCACCGCUUUCGCCGCCCGCUGCCGUGGCCUCUAGGGUGCCCGCCAAGGGUCCUUGGGAAGACCGCUGGGAGCACGAGGCCAGCCUGCACGGGGUGCGCUGGGAGAUUUCUGCCGGCGGCCACAAUCACCGGGGGACGCAGCAGAGCAGACGCUAA